AUGCCUCGUGAAAAGCAAAAAAGAGGCCGUCGGGCCGAGCAAAAGGCUCAGAAGGAGGAAUCGAAGCGCGAAUAUGACGACACCAUCGAAGCCCCAUCCGCCAAACGCAUGAAGCCUUCCAACGAAGGCGACGAGACCGUGGAGCCUUCGUUCGCAGAGGAUGCAGAUUACAUCCCAUUCGACGAGGAGGCGGGUCAAGAUCAGCAGCUUGUCGAAGACUUGGGAGAGGGCAAUGGCGAUACACCGUUUUACGGAUUGCUCGAUAGUGAUGAACAAGAGUACUUCUCGCGCGCAAAUGAAAUGCUCGAAGCGAACCAAUUCCACGACGCCGAGGAGCGAAAUCUCUUCGUGGAGAGUGUGUACCAGGAGGCCAAUGGCAAGGAGCUCAAGGUUGCCUGUAGUCAAGGCUGCUCGAGACUGAUGGAAAAGUUAAUCUCCCUAUCGGACGCCAGGCAGCUUCGACGCAUUUUUGGAAAAUUCCUCAGGCACUUCCUCCACCUUGUGCAGCACCGGUUCGCGAGUCAUUGCUGCGAAACGCUAUUCAUUCAUGCCGCGCCGGUAGUCAUGCAGAAGGCGUCAAAACCCCGUGCCAAGACAUCCGAGGACGGCGAAGAGGAGGAGUCGGACUUGUCGCUAGCAGACAUGUUCUUAAGCGUGAUUGAGGAAUUGAAGGACAAUUGGGGCUACCUUUUGACGGAGCGAUUCGCCUCGCACACUAUCCGGGUCUUGUUGUUGGUGCUCGCCGGAGAGCCGGUGGAUGUCACAUCGAAGGAUUCUGUGGUUGCAAGUCGUAAAAAGGAAAGAUUGGGUCUGCCGGCUGCCGGCGCUCAAGAGGAGAAAGAAACCGCCUCUACACAGAAACACGGUGUUCCCGAAUCGUUUGAGCCCGCGCUCAAGAAGAUCAUGAGCGACAUGGUGGCCGGAGUUGACGACACUUAUCUGCGGGCUUUGGCGACGCAGCCCAUUGGCAACCCUGUCCUUCAGGUGCUCCUUUUCCUGGAACUUUCUCACUUUGGAAAGUCCAGCGCCAAAGACCCCAAAUCUAUUCUCCGCCGACUGGUGCCGGACGAGUCGUUUGAAGAAGGUACCGACAGCGCAACUUUCAUUCGGGGUCUUCUGUACGAUCCCGUCGGCUCUCGACUGGUGGAAACGAUGGUCCGAUACAUGCCAGGCAAAGUCUUCAAAAACCUUUACAAGAACAACAUUCGUGACCGUAUCGGGUCAUUAUCUCGAAACAGUACGGCGGGAUACGUGGUUCUGCGGACAUUGGAGCGACUUGGCAAGGACGACUUACAGAAUGCCAUGGAGCUCAUCAUCCCCGAAGUUCCCGGUCUUAUCGAGCGCUCACGUCUCAUUGUCCCCAAGGUGUUGAUUGAGCGUUGCUUGAUCCGCAAUGUCGACACCACCCCCUUUGCCAAGGCGCUCCAGGCUGCGUAUGAUUCCGAUCCGACUGUGCGCCUCCGACAGAUGCUCCGACUCGACGAGGCGACCGAUGCCGGAACACGGAAAUUGGACGAUGAGGAAAUGAUUGACGCGGAUGGGGAUGAUCGUUAUAAGCAACGCCAGCAACCAGCCCCCGGUUCCUCAUCAACAUCCGCCGGAGAGAAAUUGCACGCGUCUCUAUUGACACAGGUGAUGCUCACAGCCCCGGGUCCUCUCAGCGACCUCGUCUAUUCGAGUUUGCUGGCCCAAGCAUCCGAUACAAUCGUCCAACUGGCCAAGGAACCCACCUCGUCCCGGGUCCUCCAACAAGCCUUGACUCUACCCACUUCCACUCUCCAAUUCCGCCGGCAAUUCAUCCCCCGUUUCCAGGGUCAUCUCGCCGAGCUUGCGCAGGAUAACAGUGGCUCACACGUUGUGGACGCCCUCUGGCCCGCCUCGCAGGACGUCUUCUUCGUCAAGGAGCGAAUGGCCCAAGAACUCGCCGAGCACGAGAUGACUCUCCGUGACUCGUUCCUGGGGCGUGCUGUAUGGCGCAACUGGUCGAUGGAUCUCUACAAGCGCCGUCGUGGGGAGUGGAAAGCUCGUGCCAAGGGUAUUGAACAGAGCCCGGCUACGGCUCCUUCGGAAGGUAAUGGGUCACGGCCCAAGUCCAAAUUGGAGCUGGCGCGUGAAAGAUUCGCCGCCAAACAAGCGGCUGCUGAAGCCGCUGCGGCGGAGUCUUGA